UCCAGGCAGCUGUUAAGAGCACUGAGAAGAGUGUCCUCUUGACCACCCACUACUUGGCUGAGGCUGAGGCUCUGUGUGACCGUGUGGCCAUCAUGGUGUCUGGAAGGCUGAGAUGCAUUGGUUCUAUCCAACACCUGAAAAGAAAAUUUGGCAAAGAUUACAUUCUAGAACUCAAAGUGAAGGAGCCUUCUCAAGUACCUUUGAUCCACACCGAGAUUCUGAAUCUUUUCCCCCAGGCUGCGCAGCAGGAAAGGUUUUCUUCCUUGUUGACCUUUAAGCUGCCCAUAGCAGAUGUUUACCCUCUAUCUCAGGCCUUUUACAAAUUAGAAACAGGUAUUCCUGGAACUUUUUAGUAGGCCAGAACUGGGAAAUGUUGAUGAAGAAGUUGAUACAACCAUGAGAUGGAAACUUCUUUC